AUGAAUAGUGAGAUUAAGACGAAUUAUCAUUUUUCUGUUAAGAAUGUAAAUUUUUUUAAGAAUGCAUUAUCUUUAUUAAUUGUUGACGAUAAUAAGAGUAACGUAAAUUUUAAAAAGAACAGUAGUAAUAAUAUAAUUGAGAGAGAAUGCCUUAUAUUAUUUAAUUUAUAUCAUGAUGGUUUAAUGCUUAGAAGUUUAUCAAAAUGUAAACAGAUUUACUGUUUUUUAUAUAUGGAUUCUAAUUGUUUCUCUAGUUAUAAUAUAUUUGAAAAGGAUAUAGAAGAGACAAUAAUAUGUGAAAAUAACAAUGCAUGUAAAAAAAGGAAAAUUAAUAAUCAUAAUAUUAAUGAUGAUGAAAUAAAUAUUAUAGGUGAUGGAAAAAAUAUUAUAGGUGAUGAAAAAAAAAAUAUUAUAAGUGAUGAAAAAAAUAUUAUAGAUGAAGAAAAAAAUAUUACAAAUUCUAAUUACAGUAUAAAAAAUUGUGACAAUUAUUUUUCAAAUAAUUCCUAUGAUAAUGAAAAAAAAAAUUACAUUAAAGAAGAAACAAAUAGUAUCAAUUCUGAUAACUUAUAUACUGGUCAUGCAUUUGAUAAUGAAAAUGAAGUAAUUAAAUUAAAAUCCUUAUCACCAUUAAAAAUAAAUGAUAAUGAGAAAUAUGAAAAUGAAAAUGAAUAUAAUAUUAGGAAAAAAAUAUAUGAAGAAAUUGAUGAAAAAAAAAAUUAUUUUGAAUUCCUUGUAUCACCUUUUGAAUUAUUAAGAGCCUUGGAAUUUCUAGAUGCAAUUAUUUUAAAUAUAAAAUUUGAUUAUGCAGAUCAUAAAUUAAUAUUUAAAUUAACAGAUGAAGAUGGUGAUACAUCUGAAACGUUUGUAAAAAUUGUAGUAGAUUAUUAUUCUGAAAUAUAUAAAUUAGAAAAAUAUAGUUUUCAAAGUAAUAAUUAUAAUUACUUUUCCUUACAAUCAGAAAUAUUGUCUUUCUAUCUUGAAUAUCUUAUAAAAUCUAAUGAUCAAUAUAUUACGUUUUAUAUAAAUGAGUAUAAAAAUGAUACUACAUGUAUACUAAAAAUGGAAACCAAAAAUAAAAAUUAUGAAAGAGCUGUUCAAUUAAUGCCCAAAGAAAAUUUUGAUGAAUAUAAAAGUUUAAAAAAUGAAACAUUUAAUUACAGAAUUAAAGAUAUAUCAAAAAUUAAUCAAGCAUUAAAAAUAAGUUCCCAUGUUCGUUUGGAUUUUCAAGAUAAUGGUUUACUAAGAUUUCAAUUUACUCUCAAGGAAUAUAAUAUGAAUGGUACUCAUUUAUGUUACUUUAUACAACCUUUAUCAGAUUUAACUUCAUAUAGUUCGAUAUAG